CGGCAAAUGUGAGAUUCAAUGCACACGCUGACAUUUAGCCCUUUGUUUCAAUUUGUUCGGCAUCCACCUCUUUUAUCCAAGAUGAGAAGUAGUGUACCCAUAAUCCUCUUUGUUGCAGUGGCAGGUUUCCACAGUGUGAUUUCAGCAUCUCUGCAAUGUGAUGAAAGGACUAAAUUGCCAGAAGAGAGAGCACUUGAAGAGAACAGCACGACUCCACAAACAGAUGAGUUGGAGUAUGAGGCUGCUCGUGUGAAAGAUGGAGAGGCAAAGGCUGUGACAGAGGAGGAAGAUGAUGAAGACUCAGAAGAGCAAAAAUUGCUUGAGAAGGAAGAUAGUGAUGAUGGUGAGAGAGAGGCGCUAACAGAUGCUACAGGAGCCAACACCGGAAGUGACGCGCCCAUAGAUUCAGACUCUGAGGACGACACCUCUCAACAGAACACAGAACACAGUGAGCAGGUUGAAGAGGAUGUGAAAAGUACUGAGGAUUUCAGUGAUGAAGAAUACGAUGUAUAUUACAAUUCUUAAGACCGUGUGAAGCAGCUGUGUGGAAUCCAUCUAACAUCUUUAAAAUCUAAAUGCCUUGUUUUAUAAAGCAUACUGCAAAAUUUUUAACCUACUGUAUGUACCACCUGGACAAAAAAACAUGCAUGGUGACCUUUCACACAAUUUGUGAUGGCUGCUUUUUUUUUUUUUCCAAAUAAAGACUGUAAACACUG